AUGGGAUCAUCUCUGAAGAUUGUUGAACAAUUCAAGCAGGAGAUGGAAAAUAUGUUUGAAAUGAAUGAUUUGGGGCUCAUGAAGUAUUUUUUGGGGUUUGAAAUCAAGCAAGAUGUGUAUGGUAUUCAUUUAUCUCAAAAGAAAUAUGCAGAAGAGUUAUUAAAGAUAUACAAGAUGCGAGGAUGUAAAGCAUUGUCUAUCCCUAUAAGUGCAAGUACAAAACAACAGUUAUUUGAACAAUCUGAAGAAGCAAAUGCAACAUAUUACAGAUGUUUGAUUGGUAAACUUCUUUACUUAACUCACUCAAGACCUGAUUUAAUGCCUGUUGUAAGCUUGUUGUCAAGAUUUAUGGCUUGUCCUACUAAAAUUCAGUUUGCAGCUGCUAGAAAUGUUCUCAGAUAUGUUGCAGGGACUUUGGAUUUUGGCAUUCAGUAUUAUAGAAGUUCAAAAUUUGUUUUAGAGGGGUUUUCAGACAGUGACUGGUGUGGUGAUUUGAGAGAUAGAAAAAGUACUUCGGGAUUUGUUUUUAAUUUGGGUUCUGGGGCAGUAUGUUGGGCAUCAAAGAAGCAAGAUGUAGUAGCUCUAUCUAGUACAGAAACUGAAUAUAUAGCUUUGUGUGGAGCUUGUUGUCAUGGUGUUUGGAUGAAGAAAAUUUUGACAGAUUUUGGUAUUCAAGUUGAAGAUGCUUUUCCUAUAUUGUGUGAUAACAAAUUUUGUAUCUUAAUUGCCAAAAAUCCUGCUCUUCAUGGUAGAUCUAAACACAUUGAUGUGAAGUUUCAUUACAUCAGAGAAUUAGUCAAUAACAAAUUGAUGGAGUUGAAGCUUAGUGUGGUUAUUCUGUUGAUGUAUCAAUGUGAUUACUGA